GCGGGUUUGACGUGCUGUUGCAAAUUUUAUCAAGGUCUGAACAGUACUGGUCUACAUAUGUAGACCACGUGACUAACGACGUUACUUUUUCUUGCGGCAAUAUUACUUGAUAUAUUAAAUAUUUGAAUUAAGUUCAGAUAAUAUUAUGUCUGAUUCCAAAAAAAGACGAUUGGAAAGCAGCAAAAAUCCUGAAGUAUGGGAAAGAUGGCUCUCCGAACUAUCAAGUAGUGAAGAAAGUGCUAUGGAUGAAGAAAACGAGACGGAGGUUGACGAAGAUACGGAUAUCUAUGUGAAUGCUGCUGAAGAGAGUGACCACGAGACCGAAUCGGAACUAGAAGGAUCAAGCGAUGAUGAAAUUCUUUCAGACGAUUCUGGUACAUCUCAUCCCCAAAAUUUCUAUUUAGGAAAAGACAAUGUCACUAAGUGGAAGAAAACCAGACCCAAUUUGCAAGUUCGUAUUCGUUCGCACAAUAUAAUCAAACUUUUACCGGGUACAAAAGGUAACGCGCGCAAUGUUGAAACAGAAAUUGAGUGCCUAAAUUUAUUUGUGAAUGAUUCGGUUAUAAGAAUAAUAACCGUUUCCACAAAUUUGUAUAUUCAAAAAGUACGGGUUAACUUUCAAGAAGAUAGAAUGAAUCAAGAUGCAAGAGAAACCGAUGACACCGAAAUUCGCGCUUUCAAUUCCCAAGGAAACGGGGUUGAAUCGUGCUACCUAGCGAUGAGCGAGAAACGGUUUCGAUUUCUGAUAAGAUGCCUGCGAUUUGAUGACAUAAAUAUAAUACAGCAGAGAAGAGCAAUUGAUAAACUGGCGCCUAUAAGAGAACUUUUUGAAGUAUUCCUGGUCAACUUUCAAAGUAAUUUUAUUGGUAGUGAGUUUCUUACUGUGGAUGAACAACUAUUAGCAUUUAGAGGAUGUUGCGCGUUUAAGCAAUACAUUCCUAGCAAGCCGACCAAGUUUGGCAUUAAAACUUUCGCGAUGGUGGAUGCAAAAACGUCUUACACUUUUAAUGUGGAAACUUAUGUGGGAACUUAGCCGGACGGACCAUACAAACUUAGCAAUAGUGCGGAAGAGAUAACUCUUCGAUUGGUAGAGCCAGUCGUAGGAACUAGCUUACAUAUUUGGGAACUGUGAGAAAAAAUAAACGCGAAGUUCCCAAAGAAUUCCUUCCCAGGAAGAAUCGUAAAGAAAAGUCAAGUAUUUUUGGUUUCCAAGAAAAUUGUACACUAGUGUCGUACUGCCCGCAAAAAAAACCGGUAAGUGACUGAUAUCAUCUAUGCACCAUGAUAAUGCAAUAGAUGAGCAAACAAAUGAUGAAAAAAAAACCAAUUAUGAUAACCGAUUAUAAUCACACAAAAAUUGGUGUAGAUCUUGUGGACCAAUUAUGUCAGAAAUAUAAUGUUGCAAGGAAUACGUGUCGUUGGCCAAUGGUAAUAUUUUACAAUUUACUAAAUAUCUCUAGUAUAAACGCUCUUUGUAUAUAUAAAGCAAAUAAUCCCCAAAAUAAUAUAAAACGGAGUGAUUUUCUUGAAAAAUGCGCUUGGGAGCUCAUUCGACCACAAAUUGAAGUUAGAUCAAAGAAUCCUCGACUACCCAGGGAAAUAAGGUAGCGAGCCCACAACCUUCCCAAGCAUUGCAUCACAACCCACUCAAUCACCAAGUAACUAUGUCCGACGUUGUCAUAUUUGCCCUCGCAAUAUGAACAAAUCAUCCCCCGAAAGCCGUUUACUAAAUGCGGCAGAUUUGCUUGCAAAAAUCAUGUGAGGGAAAGCUGAACGGAAUGUCUCAGCGAGGAAAUAUAAGCAGUUUUCAGAAACCACAACAUAUAAGUUUUGUACAGAACUUUUAUUUUUUUAUUUAAAGAAGUGAAUUUUACAUAUUUUUAU